UCUGAUCCACCAAAAAGGAGACAUCAGCUCAGAAAGGGAGUCACAAACAUUUCAUCUUCUCUCUCUCUCUUAUUUCAUCUCUGGAGGCAUUCUAAAAGGCGCUCUCUGUGUUUAUUAGCCAGUCAGUAGUGUUAUUGGACAAAGUGCUACACAAUGGGGAAGAAACUAGCUAAAUUAUUUGGUAAGAAAGAUAUGAGGAUUCUUAUGUUAGGUCUUGAUGCUGCUGGAAAGACAACUAUCCUCUACAAGUUAAAGCUAGGCCAGAGUGUUACCACUAUACCAACUGUAGGAUUCAACGUGGAGACUGUUACAUACAAGAAUGUCAAAUUCAAUGUCUGGGAUGUAGGAGGACAGGAUAAGAUUCGUCCAUUAUGGCGUCACUACUACACUGGUACCCAGGGACUCAUUUUUGUCGUAGAUUGCGCUGAUAGAGAUCGUGUUGACGAAGCCAGACAAGAGCUUCACCGCAUCAUUAACGACAGAGAAAUGAAGGACGCCAUCAUAUUGAUAUUUGCUAAUAAACAGGAUCUACCGGAUGCAAUGGCUCCGGUUGAAAUACAGGAAAAGAUGGGACUAGCAAAACUACGGGACAGAACAUGGUACGUUCAGCCGUCCUGUGCUACAAGUGGUGAUGGUUUAUAUGAAGGACUAACAUGGCUAACGUCAAAUCAUAAAAGUUCCUAAAUUAUUAUUGUCAUUAUUGGUUAUUAUUAUUGUCAUUAUUAUUAUUAUUAUUAUUAUUAUUAUUAUUAGCAGGCUAGUGAGUGUUGCUAUAUGUUAAAACUUAAAUUUAAUUCAAAACUUUAUUGUGCAUGCACUAAUGGUUGUUAUUAUUAUUAUUAUUAUUAUUAUUUUGACAUUUUAAUUUUUGUUCCUCUCUUUGAGCGAUAUAGGCAGCUUGUGUCUGCUUGUGAUACUCGAUCUCUCUUCAUCUUUCACUCUCUCUCUCUCUCUCUCUCUCGCUUUUCGCACAUGUUCUGUGUUAAUAUAUUAUUGUAAUUAUUAUUAUUAUUAUUAUUGUUUUGUUAUUAUUAUUAUUAUGUGAAUAAGUUUUAGUUAUGUCACUUGAUGUUCUUGUUCUUGUUACUUCACAUGUCUUUAAUUGCAGAACAACGCACAGUUAAAUAAUUUAUUUUUAAUUAUUAAUUUGGCUCUAAUGAUAA